UAUUUUCAUUUUUAUGAAAUUAGUUGCAUGACACAAAAUAAUGGCUCGUCUUGCUCGGAUUUUUGCGCUAAUACUUGUGUUCUUUGUCUCGCAAAGCAAAACUGGUGUCGUUUCUCCUGACUGGCAAUUGCCGACUCGAGAGAGCCUGAAAGCAGGUGCUGAGAGAGCCGUGUUGCUAUUAGAUAAAAGUAUUGAAUCGCUAGAAGAAAUCAAAUCCUGGGCAAUCAAACACCACAAGGAUUCCAAUAUCGUGCAAACUGUAGGAACCUCCGUCGGAACCAUUGGCACCAUCGGCGUUGUUGUUGGAGUCUUGUUUUCCUUCUUCACUGGAGGAGCGUCAUUAAUAUUGACUAAGAUUUCACUGGGUGCUUCCAUUGGCGGAGGAAUCACAUCUCUAGGUGUCGGCAUAAAUGAUAUCGUGAAGACAAAGAGUUACAACGAGAGAGCUGCAAAAAUUCUCGAGGAAACUAAUCAACAAAUUAAGAAAUUUGAAAAAGACAUGUCGGAUGCCAUUUCUUAUAUUGAAAGUACAAAGGAGUUCAUCAAGAAUAAAUAUGGUCUCGAAGAUGAUGCCGCCAGUAGAAUCAUAUCGGAAAUCACCAAACACGGUUCCAGCAUACCAAUGUCGGUUUUGAGGGCUACAGGAUCAACAGAAGCAGUUGAAAUGUUCAGUGCAGUCAACAUUGUACGUGAAGGUAUCCUUCCUGCUAAAACCGCACAGACGGUCCGCCAAUCCCUGUCCGCCGCUGAACGUCAAAUUAUGUCCGAAUUUCUGAGUACUCCAAUGUUUUUUAACGAACACGCUAAGUUGUUCAAACGUAACAUAGCGAAGCUGUAUAAGGUAGCUGCUUUCAAUUUCGUUCUCAUGGGUGUAAGUGUGGGCCUAAAUGUCUGGGAAAUUAUAAGUCUUGUUAAUUCGUGGAAUUCGACUCAUCCAUCUGCGAUCGCUGUCGAUGUUGCCAUUCGUAAUUUGCAAAAUAUUAGAAAUAAUGCCUAUCAUCGGAUUGUAAAGCAACUAUGAACACUCUGAAUCAAUUGGGCUAAUUGUCGGUUUCGUACGAACAACUGGUACACAGUA